UAGUACAAGAGUAAUACAGUAUAUUCCUCCAAGGCUCCAACGUAUUCUUUCUUCCCUAUUUUAAUACUCACAGAAACCGUGAUAGCCAAUCCCAACGUCUCCUUCCCUCUCCCUCUCUUUCUCCUUCGUUUCGGUAAAAAAAAUCACCAGCGAAGGUGACGGUGAAGAUGAAGAUGAAGGUGAAGGUGGUUACGCGGAAGCUAGUGAAACCAUGUAAGCCUACUCCGCCACAUCUCAGCCGCUACAAAAUCUGUCUCUUAGACCAAAUCAACCCAGCUGUCAAUCACACUCGAAUCCUUUAUUAUUCAUGUGACGACGGAGAAUCCAAAUGUUUUUUGUUGGAAGAAUCAAUGUCUCAAAUUCUAUCCAACUUCUACCCACUAGCAGGGAGGUUCAAUAAGGAGAAACAACACGUGGAUUGCAACGACCAAGGCGCUCUCUUUUCGACCGCUCAACUCAAUGCGGAUCUCUCUCUUAUCCUGAAAAGCCACCUGGAUCCCCAGCAACAGAACCACCUACUCCCAGUUGACGCUACCGCCGCUGAUGGGCCCACCCAUCCAAUCCUCGCCGUCCAAAUCAACAGGUUUCAGUGCGGGGGUUUGGCCAUAGCUGCAUGCGUUUCGCACAGGGUCGUCGAUUCCGCCUCCUUCUCCUCAUUCCUCGCGGCCUGGGCCACGGCCGCAGAGACCACCGGAAAACUAUUAAUUCAGCCCUAUUUCGACCACCACUCCUACUUCCCCGCCGAGAAUCCUCCUCCCCACGACGACGGACCUGACGAAAACAUCAUCGCCGAGCGCUACGUCUUCGACAGCAAAGCCAUAAAGAAACUCCGCCAGCGCCUGACAACGUCCGAGCCCCCUCUGUCAAGGGUGGUCGCGGUCUCCACCUUCCUCGUCCAGGCCCUCCUCCGCGCAGACAUCACGCGUCGCGGGAAACCCCGAGCCGCCCUCAUGGGGCAGCUCAUCAAUAUUCGGGAAAGAACUGUCCCGCCCGUGCCAAAGAACGCUUUUGGCACGUGGCUUUCCGGUUCUUUCCUCGACAUAGCCGCAGAAGACACUGCGGCAGAAGCUGAAGGGGGAAAUUUUCCCGCCUUGGCGUCAAGGAUCCGCGAAGCCACGGUGCAGGGCGUCCGCGACUGCGCUCGGGUGCUCGGGGACAAAGAGUUUGGUCGGAAAUUGCUGGUCGACAAUUUCUUGGAUGCCAGCAAGAAAGGCGAGACCGAAGAUUGUAAGGUGAUAUGGUGUACGGAUUUCUCAAAAUUUGGCGAUUACGAGCUGGAUUUUGGGUUCGGAAAGCCCGAGUGGGUGAGCGUAGCAGUAAUGCCGCUCAUGGAUUAUAUAAUUAUGCUAAACAACAGAAGCAACGACGGUAUCGAAGCGUGGGUGUGUUUGCAAGAAUGCGACAUGCAAUUUUUCCGACAGGAUAAAGAGAUUCUCCGGCUCAGUGCAGGCACUUUGGGCUAGAUUUGUGUGAGGAUUGUUGAAUUUGAUCUAUUGAGAUUGUGUAUUAACUGUUUCCAUUUGAUGUGUUUUUUUGCCUUCUUGGUAGGAGUACUAAUAUAAUCCAUGCUUGAUUUUGUUUUUUCUUC